AUGUCGAGUCCAGAGCCUCCCUCGUCCCUGGAUGGGCACUGCUCAGUCGUUCACAAUAACGCCCUCUACGCUUAUACCCCAUCGACGCUGAUGAUGCUCCCUUUGGAGAAAGGUGCAAACUGGACAACCUUGGACAUGGGCCAUUCCGUCACUGGUGCCGCCUGUGUCACCGGAAGCGCCGACGGAGACCCCAACAAUCAGGCGAUGUUUGUAGUAGGAGGAUACUCCCACAACUUGACCUACUCAGGUGUCCAAAUGUACUCCUUUAACGAUAAAAAAUGGGAGACCGUAUCAUUGCCGACCACCCAGAUGCAGAACCGGGUAAACCAUAGUGCUAUUUACUUGGCUGGCAGCUCCUCGAUCCUCGUGUAUGCAGGUUCUGCCGACAGCAAUUACGAUGCAUCCACCUCCACCCUUGAAAUCACCACUGCUGGCGGCUAUUAUGGAAUUAUAUCUGGUUCGGCAGGUGGUGUUGCCGCCGCAAUCAAACCCGUUCUGUUGCCCUGGGAUAACACAACCGCUGUCUAUGUCGGAGGAACGCCGACAAAUACCGAGGUCUUUCUCUACAAGGCCGGCAAUGGCUGGCAACCUUCUGGCGUGUCCCUGGCUGCGGGUAUUCCCUCCGACGCUGGCGUGGCUCUGCAGUCCAACAGCGAUGGUAGUAAAUUUCUUGAGAUCUUUGAUAUGGCCUCCUCUCCAAACAACGUUUCAUAUGUUGCUUUAUCAGAGUCAGGGGGCAAUCUAGCUUGGCCCGGCGAACCCGUGACUUUUAGUUCUUCGUCCUCGACAGGCGCUCAAAAGCGAGAUUGGGGAAAUCUCCCAUCUUACAACUCCUCCUCUGCUCCUUCAACUUCACGCACCGGCUUCUCAAUAGCUCAGUCAGAUAAUGGCUUGGUCGUCAUUUCCGGCGGAAGCAAGAAAGACCCAGUUACCCUUUUCAAUCAGUCUGAAAAUAGCUGGGUCGAUACCACUGCCCUGUUUGGUAGCCAGAAGAAUGGAGCCCUCCAGCACCCUCUAGGCGCAACCACUACUAGUGCCGCUCCUACAGCAACUGCCACAUCAACUACCACAUCGGCCACUGCAACUGCAUCUGCAUCUGCAUCUUCGACAGCCCUUCCGUCCUCAGGCGGUAGUGGCACAUCUACCAACGUUAUUAUCGGAGCUACACUAGGUGCUUUAGCUGGUGUAGCCCUUCUCUUGGCUAUUAUCCUCCUAAUUUUGCGCCGCCUUAACCGCAAGAAGGACUUGACAGAAAAGGGCGGUCGUCGUUCCGCUGCAGACGAUAAAGACCGGCUGAGUUUUCAAGAUCAAGGUAUCGAGCCUCUGGCACAGUCCGCUGUUCCGAUGGCUCGAAGUCAAGCUCCUUCGGCGGUUGAUUCAAUUUAUAUGAUUUCGGGAAAGUUUGCCGAGGGCAAUCCGUCGGCGACGCCAAUGGUGAAUACCAACAAUCGAGCUAUUAGCCGGCCCCUUAUCCCACAAAAUAACAGCACUACAACAAACGAGCCUCAAAAUCCGACGGCGACACGCUUCCUGGAUCCUAACCACACCCGAGGCGAUCGAAGUACCAAUGCAGGCUGGAGCAAGUAUUUCCAAGACACUUCGGCUACAGACGUCAUGAACUCGCAUCGCAACACGAUAGACUCGGAUAUUUCUCAGGAGUCUAGGUCCGACUACGGAAGCGACGCUUGGCCACGUGGGCCUGAAAAGAGCACUGCACCGAAUUAUGGUUUGCAAGAGCCCAGACCUCUCGGAUUGCCGUCUCACAACCCCAGCAGCGAGCGUUUACCUACAGUUGGACGUGGCUUUGCUCACCAUGGACAUACUGCCCAAAUUUCUAGUGCCGAUUCUGCUAGCUCGGUUUCGGAUGAAGACUACGAGCAUGACCGGCGGGAUGCCUUCUCGUCUGGAAUACCGGCCAGCAUCAACGACACGCUACAUUGGUCACAUCCUGGGAUUCGCCCUCCGAGCAGCAACUAUACCGAAAGCCUCUAUCAGUCGAGUGCGCGCAAUGUAGCCACUACGCAUAGCGAGCCUAUGCCGCAUGAUGGACAAUCACAAGCACGAGGAUCAAGUGCCAUUUUCCACCAAGACUCAUUCAAUCCGUCAUCUCGCACCAACAUCAACUCAGACAUGAGUUGGUUAAACAUCCAUGCUGAGAAGUAA